UUAAAAUGAAGCAUGAGGACCCACUAGGGAAAUGAGAGAAAUUUUAAAAAUAAACUAAGAAUGGAGAAUGAAUCAUCUUCCUCCUUUUGCUUUUUAGUGUACCGGGGAGCUUCUUUUUUCUGUGGUUUGAAUUUCAAAUUUUGAAACCUUCCAUUCUCCCACAUCACAAAACCCCAUUUCCUAUAAUACAUUCCCAGCAACGCCCACUCCUCUUUCUUGGCUUCUUCUUCCUUUUCUUUUUGUUUCCUUUCACUUGGAGCUUCCAUGGCUGAUUCAACAUGCCUCAUGCACCACCCUUUCUCUUACACUUCCGGUUUUCCCAAUGAAUCCAUGGAGGGUAAUCUUCCAAUUCAUGCUCUCUCUCAGUCGGUCUCCUUCGGGAGAUUCAUGUCCGACUCUUUGUCUUGGGAGAAAUGGUCUACUUUUUCCCACAAUCGAUAUGUUGAAGAAGCUGAGAAGUUUUCUCGCCCUGGUUCUGUUGCUCAGAAGAAAGCUUUCUUUGAAGCUCAUUAUAAGAAGAUUGCUGCUCAGCGAGCUGCGGCCUUGCUCGAGCAAGAAAAUGCUGCUUCUUCUUCCAAAUCUCUCCAACAAACUCAAACUGAACACAAUGCCUCUGCUUCUCCGCACACCUCAAUCUCGACCUCUAAUGGCCUGCAGCAACAUGAGGUUCAGGUUGUAACUGGGCAACAUUUUCUCGCCAUUGCCAGUGGUGAUGGCCGUUCCGACGGUUCUUUUCUUAAGGAGGAGAAAGUUGAUAGCAGGGAGGUUGAGGGAGGUGAUUCUGGCCUUGCCCACCAAGUGAUCGAGGAAAUUCCCCAGAAGGUUGUGGGUGUUGAUUUGAAUGAUGGCCUGACGGGAAAUGAGUCCAAUCGGACACCCCAGAUGGAAAGAUCUCUUCCUAAGAGUUCGCGCCAGAAUUGGGAGCAGCCGAGCACCAUUAGCAAAAAGAAAGCAGCUACUUCAUCAUCAAAGCUUCUAUUGUUUGACAGAUCAUCUAAGAUCCUCCCAUCUACACCUGUCAAACCAAUUUCUCCAGCUUCUUAUCUCAACAAUGCCACUCCAAAACAAGUUGCCAACAAAUACUCAAUGGAGUCUGCAGAUAAAAGAAAAUCUAACAUUGCCACUCCAAAACGAGUGGCUAACAAAUAUGUAAUGGAGUCUGCAGAUAAAAGGAAAUCUAACAUUGCCACUCCAAAACAAGCUGCUAACAAAUAUGUAAUCGAGUCUGCAGAUAAAAGAAAAUCUAAUAUUGCCACUCCAAAACAAGUUGUUAACAAGUGUGUAAUGGAGUCAGCAGAUAAAAGGAAAUCUACUCCUAAAUCUCUUAGGAUGGCAGUCAAUUUUACACCCAUUCGAGAACUCAACAAGUUAACUUCAACAGUGAUGAGAAAGAUUGAACGUUCAAGAGCUGGGGCCAGUACUUCAAAACCAGCUAAAGAUUGCUCAACUCCUCUUAGGACACCGAAUACGGCAAUGAAGACCGAGUCCCAAAAGCAUCCUUCUGCUACACCCUGGUCGGAAAAGAAAAGAAACAAAUUGUACUCGCCGUUUUCAUUUACCCCUUUCAGCUUGCGAACUGAUGAAAGAGCAGCAAGAAGAAAGGAGAAACUUGAAGAGAAGUUCAACACAAACGAGUCACAAAAAAAGGUGCAACUUCAAACAAAACUAAAGGAGAAAGCCGAAACAGAAAUAACUAAGCUGCGCCAAAGUUUCUGCUUCAAAGCCAGGCCACUCCCAAACUUUUACAAGGAGCGAAAAACACAGAAGAACGAGGAGGUUUUCAAGUGUCAUCCCCCAUCGCCAAAACUAGGAAGAAAGGGGAGCCCCAAAAUAGGAGAAGCCACAGCGCCCCAUUCUGGCCAUAUGGCUCCGGUUAAAAGCACCAGAGGCACGAAUAAGAAUGCCCAUGGAAAGACUCGUUCUCUGUCUUUACAAACUUUAAUGUCUGCUCAUGAGAACACAUCUCCUAACAUUCAGCAGUAAAGGUCAAGCAGAAGAUUGCUUCUCAAAAUUUUAACUUACCCUGAAGCCUUGAAGCCAUUUUCAUUUAUUCAUGAGGUAACCAGAUCUCGACGUCCUCUAAAUUACAGUGGAUCCAUUUUGUUCUACUGAUAAAAUCUGUCAAUUUUUAUGUAACAAAGCCUUGUUUGAUAUGAACUACUGUAUAAAAAUAUCGGUAUAUGUAGAGAACAUUGAUUUGAUGGGCUAUGAAAUUACCAUUAUUCAUCAGAA